GUAUAAACAUUUCCAGAAAAUGUUGAUGCGUUGCAAUUCAGUUAUUAAAUUUUCGAAAUUUACAACAUUUAGUUUAAAGUCGAUAUUUUAAAAUAUCUAGAUAGCAUUGAUUGAAGUUGAGAAAAUCUAAUCAAAUACUGUACAAUUGGAUUGCAUUUAAAAAAAUGAGAAUUCUAAAAAUAAUACUGCUUCUAUAACUUUUCGAAGUAGUUAUAGAAGCAACUUAAAAGGUGCGAUAAAGAAUAAUAAGACUAUUAUUUUUUAUAAAAGGCUUUUAUAAAAGGCUUGUAAAAUAAUUUUGUUCUUAGAUUUUAUUUUGACUUACUACAUUUCAGUUUCAUAUAUAGAGCAUGUUUCAAUAAUAAACAUAUAGUCAUGAUGUAUGCACAUAUGUCUGCACGUAUGUAAUUCACAUUGGGUAAAAUUAAAGUGUAAAUAAAAAAUGGCAAAGGGUUUAGUAUUUUCUUGCAGAUAUUUUUAUAAAUUACUUAAUAAUGACACUUCAUUUCUUUUCAAAACGACAUUUAAUAAAAAUAAGUUUAAUCAAUUUAAUUUAUACCAACAAUAUUCUCAGCAAAAUGUCAAGAUUAAUAUAAAUGUUGGGACAAUUGGGCAUGUUGAUCACGGAAAAACUACUUUGACAGCAGCUAUUACAAAAGUUUUAUCAAAAGAAGGCUUAAGUAAUUAUGUUCCCUACGACGAAAUUGAUAAAGCGCCUGAAGAAAAAUCAAGAGGAAUAACAAUAAAUGCUUGUCAUGUAGGGUACAGUACGAAAAACCGUUCUUAUGCUCAUACAGAUUGUCCGGGUCAUGCUGAUUAUAUUAAAAAUAUGAUUUCUGGUGCUUCGCAAAUGGAUGGUGCUAUUUUGGUUGUUGCUGCUACUGAUGGGCAAAUGCCUCAAACUCGCGAACAUUUACUUUUAGCAAAACAAGUUGGUAUUGAAAAAAUAAUUGUGUUCAUUAAUAAAGCUGAUCUAGUAGACCAAGAUGUUUUAGAUUUAGUUGAAAUAGAAAUGAGAGAGUUGUUGUCAGAUUUUGGUUUUGAUGGUAUAAAUACUCCAGUUGUUUGUGGUUCAGCAUUGUUAGCUUUACAGGAUGAUAAUUCAAAGCUUGGUAUAGAUUCAAUUAAACAUCUGUUAAAUACAAUCGAUGAAUAUAUUCCCACACCAAAACGAGAUUUGGAAUCACCUUUUUCAUUACCUAUAGAUAAUGCUUUCACUGUCCCUGGAAGAGGUACUGUGGUAGUAGGAACAAUAAAAAAGGGAACUUUGCUAAAAAAUGCUGAAGCAGAAUUAUUAGGUUUUAAUGAACAGAUCAAAACCACUAUAUCUGAUCUUCAAGUUUUUAAAAAAAGUGUUCCCAAAGCUCUUGCUGGUGAAAAUGUAGGGGCUCUUUUAAGAAACAUUAAAAUAUCUGCUGUUCAAAGAGGUAUGAUAUUAUGUGCUGCUGGAUCAGAAAAGAUAUCAAAUCAUUUCCAUGGUUCUAUGUAUUUAUUAACAAGAGGUGAAGGUGGCCGAUCAAAACCAUUAACAUCUAAAUAUAUUCAACAAAUGUUUAGUCGUACUUGGAAUAUCCCAGCACGCAUAGAUUUAAUGAAUGAAAACUCGAUGCUAAUGCCCGGUGAUCAUGGAAAUGUCAAAAUAACUCUACAUAAAAAAAUGGUAAUGACGGCAGGGCAGCCUUUUACUAUUAGAGAAAAUGAGAAAACUGUUGCAACUGGAAUUAUAACAGAAAGAAAAGAAUCUGUAAAUUUACCGAUGAAUAAGUUAUCGAAGCUUCAGUUAGUUAAUUGAAUUUCGUAUCCAAAAAUAUAGAUUAAUUUUUUAUUUACAUCAUACAUAGGUACUUUUUAUUAAGCAAUCAUUAUAGAAAUCAUAUUUUAAAAGAAAUUUGCUUAAAGUAAAUAUAAUAAGUUAUUGUAAAAAUA